AUGAAUCGACUGAGUGCUGCUCUCUUUCUUCAAUUGCAUCUCUUGACAACGAUUUUCGCUUAUCAAUCCUCGGAAUUCUUUCCGUUUUAUUCACAAAAUGAAACCGACAAUUUCCAAACAACUGAACCAUUUCAAUCAAAUACUUUUCUCAAUCAUUCCAUUCGUCGCCGACAAGUACCGCUGAAUAUCUACACAUCACAACAAGCACGAAUACCUGCUACGCCAUCUUAUAUCAUCGUUGGUCCACGUAUCAUACGACCAGCACAAAUCAUUUCCGUUAGUGUCACCAUCCUACGUAAAGAAUGGAAUUCCACGGUGGUCAAAGCACUAAUAUCAAAUGAUGAUAUGGCUGUGGCAUCAGCUGAAGAUCUCUGUAUGUUGAAUGUACCAAGAACACUACAGAUGCGUAUACCGAAUAAUAUACGUUCUAGUACUUAUCGUUUAACAGUUGAAGGAACAUCAUUGACAGGUGAAAGAAAAUUUUCAAAUAUUUCCGAAUUGAUCUUCGAACAAAAAGGUGUAACGAUACUUAUCCAACUUGAUCGACCAGUAUAUCGACAUGAAACGGUAGUGCAAUUUCGUUGCAUACCUAUUUAUCCCGAUUUGAGCGGAUAUUUUCAUACACUUGAUGCGUAUAUAAUUGGACCAUCAGGUCAUAUUCUACGCAAAUGGGAAAAUCAGCAGACGACCGCUGGUAUUGUUUCACUUGAGUAUCCUAUGAAUGAUGCACCACCGGAAGGUGUGUGGCAAGUGCAAUGCCGUGUGAUGGGUUACGAAGCAACAAAACAAUUUGAUGUACACGAAUUUUAUAAUCGGAAAUUCGAAGUGAAUGUUACCGUUCCAUAUUAUUUACCUACGGAUGCACCGGGCGUGGGUGGAUUUAUUAUAGCAAACUACACAACUGGUAUGGGUGUUCUCGGUUAUGCAAAUUUAGUCGUUCAGGCACGCAAUCGCUCGUCGCGUUAUGAUCCGUAUAAUUUUCCAUUGGCUGAUGUUGAAUUUCAACCUAAGACGCCAGAAGGAAGACUAAUAUCAACAUACAGGACGACGAUCAAUGACUUUAAUGGUGUUGCUGGCUUCUUCAUUCCAAUGGAAGCCAUCCGAACGAUACUACCAGAUUUGGAUGGUAAUGAAAUCUUAAUAACAGCUGUUGUACAUGAUCCCUGGUGGAAUGAAACAAAUAACGGCACGACAGUUGUUUCCUUCUAUACACCUGGUACGCGUCUUCGUUUUCUUGGUGGUCCAUCAAUGGUAUUCAAACCACGGAUGAUCUUUACUACAUAUGUAGCUGCGAUGAAUAUUGAUGGGACGAAAUAUCCUCCGGGACCUGGUCGGUUCAUUCGUAUCUAUACUGAAAACGAUCUAGGCCAAUCAGGGAUUCCAGUGGAUUAUCUGAUCGAUUCUUCUGGUAUCGUUCAACAUCAGUUUUUAGCGCCAGGUGAUCCAGCAAUAACAUUCAUACGUCUUCGUGCUGAACUAUACGACAACAAUAUAUUAGUUCAAGGUACCACAGAUGAACAACGUGCUAUUCGUUAUCUAUCUCCAUCGAAUAGUUAUCUACAAGUAACAUCGAGUACGGAAAACCCGCGUGUAGGAGAUUUUAUGCUGUUUCGUGUCAAUAUCACCCAGUAUGUUGAUUUUGUCUAUUAUCAUAUAACGUCAGCAGGUAGGUUAAUCUUUACAAAUAUUCUUCCUAUGGAUGGUGCUCGCCAGAAAACAUUCGAUGUUGGCAUUAGUCGCGAAAUGGCUCCAUCUGCUCACAUCCUAGUGUACUACAUUCGCUAUGACGGCGAAAUUGUUGCCGACAGUAUGAAUUUUCAUGUUAAUACAUCAUCAGUAACAAACCAUGUGAAUAUCACAAUUAAUCGGCGAAAAGAUUUCACAGGAAACACAAUCGAAGUGAUAGCUUAUACAUCACCGCAAUCGUAUGUUGCUUUCGCUGGUCUUGGUCUUGUACAAACACGAUUAUUUCCACCAGGCAAUCAUUUCAGUUCAGUUAUACUCUAUGAUGAACUAUAUUCAUUCGAUCGAUAUUCUACAACGAGUUUUCAACAUACAUGGUACUCAGAUAUCAAUAUUGCAUCGCAUCGAGUCUUUUAUCCCUCACAAUCCUAUGGUUAUGAUGCUGGUUCAACAUUCAAUUCUUCAGGAAUGCAAAUCUUCACCGAUGUUAAUAUUCAAGCUAUCCAAACAGACUGUGAUCAAUAUGGCUUAUUACAAUGCACGGAUGGUACGUGUUAUCCACCUGCAUUGAGAUGUAAUGAUAUACUUGAUUGUCGAGACGGUUCUGAUGAAGCAAAUUGUAAUAUAACAACACCAACAAGUGAGUACGAUUUCACUCCCUUGUAUCUCCGUUUAUGGCCAUACUGGGAACGUGAAUUACAACUUGAUUUUAUGUGGCAUCAACAAUUCGCGUAUCCCGAUGGUCGUGUGCAAUUUCGUACGACAGUGCCAAACGUGAUCACUACAUGGGUUAUCACAGCUCUUGCUGUCAGUCGUCUGACAGGCUUUGGUGUUGUUGAUGUUCCAUUCAUCUAUGAAGGUACAAGACAAUUUUUUAUUAAAGUCGAAGUGCCACCCAUUGUACGACUUGGUGAACAAGUUGGGGCGCGUGUUGAUGUGUUCAAUUUUCAAUCGCAUCGCGUCGAAGCAUUAAUUAUUCUACAUGCAUCCGAUGAUUAUCGUUCGGUUAAUAUCGAACAACGAGGUAUUGUAUCAUCGUACGCACCGAAGUUAACCGAGGGCCAACAUCAUGUACUGGUGAUCCUGUAUCCGAAUGAAGUUCGACGACUUCAUAUUCCGUUUGUUCCUGUUGUUGCUGGUGAAAUCGAAAUUAUGAUUGAAGGCAUCACUGGCGUUUCUCGUGAUUUCUUCCGCGAAACAAUCAAAGUGAAUUAUGAAGGUGUGCGUAAUUAUUAUCAUACACCAACCGUCUUAUUGUUAAAUAAUCUACCGCGGCAAGUGAAUGAAUAUGAUAUAGUUGUUCCUGAAAAUUUUAUUCUCCCUUUGCAAAACACUUGGGAUUACAUACUUGGUUCAGCAACUUGCGAAAUAUUUAUAUCCGGCGAUGUAGCUGGUCCGUAUUUCCUUCUGGGCUACGAUGAAUGGCUAAACACAGACAAUUUAAUUCAACGAACAACGGCUCCAGGUGAUGCGGGUGUAUUUGAUUUCGCUAUGAUGAUUUAUAAUCUUCGGUAUAUGUUACAAGGUCAUGGUGGUCGUGCAUUUGAUGAACAAAAAUUAUUACAGGUAUUGACUUAUGCAAAUAUGGAAUAUCUUCGUUUCAUGGCUAUGUAUGUUGAUGUUUAUCCAGAUGAACCGUGGCGUGUUGGUUCAUUCAGUCAAUUUGGUUUUUCUAAUGAAUCUUCUGUGUACCUCACGGCUUGGACAUUGAUGACAUUACGUGAUGCCGUUUACCCUGAAUGGGAAGAAAAAGGUUUAUACAUUGACCCGAACCUUCGUUCUGAUAUUGUCAAAUUCUUUCUAACAAACCAAAAAGAAAAUGGUUCAUGGGGUGAAAUAACCGGCAUCGAAGAUCGCCACAAGUUUGGCAUUCGUUUAACCAAUGUCAGUGGAACAUACGAACGAUUGAAUUUAUCCUUAACAGCACAAGUUCUGAUUGCAUUACAAAUGAAUGUUGAUGUACGUGGAAUACCAGGAAAAUAUUUAACAGGUUCUAUUCAACGAGGAAAACAGUGGUUAGAAAAACAUUUUCGCCUCAUUACCGAUGCAUUCGAUAUGGCCAUUGUUACUUAUGCUUUGCACCUAACAAAUAGUGCUGAACAGGAUGCAGCCUUUGCAAGAUUAACGCUAUUCAAACGAAUGAAUGAAAAUGGAAUCUAUUAUUCAAAUUUGAAUCUGCCAUCGAUGAGAAAAACAUGGCCAAACGUCAAUCCUCGGUUUGGACCGAAGCCAGUACCGACCGAUUUCGAAGCACAUGCGGUAACUGCAACAGCAUUUGUCGUUAUGACAUAUACUCACAAAGCACGAGUAAGGGAUGCUGAACAAUCUGUGCUCUGGUUACAAUCGAUGCGAAAUUACAUUGGUGGUUGGUCAGCAACGUAUGACUCUUGUAUGGCCCAACGUGCUAUUGUUGGUUAUGCUGUUCUGCGUGGUUUUGAAAUUACUGCUUAUAACAUUCGAAUCAACCUAACAUCCGCAUCUGGUCCAGGAGAAAGUCAUGAUCCAGUUGUUAUCGUUGACGAAAAUAUCAUCGAUACACAAGUUCGUGAUGUUGAACAUGUAUGGGGCGUGCUUUACAUCGACGGAUUCGGUAAUGGUUACGCAUUAAUUCAAAUGCAUGUUGGUGUCAAUGUCGAAUUUACAAAUAAAAUUCGUCGCCCGGCUUAUGCACCAUUUUCAGUAGAUGUUCGGCCAGUACUAUCUGGUCGUAACUUUUCAACCAUUGACUACAAUGUUUGCUUGUCCUGGCGAACGCAAAAUGUCGAUAUAUUGAAAGCAUCGCGAAGUGGUACAGUGUUCGUUGAAAUUCAAAUUCCAACAGGUUAUCGUGUCGAAGAAAAAGAUUUGAAAUCAAUGAUUUGGGGAUUUUAUGUUCGUAAUUUGCGCGAAGCAGAAAACUGGCCUGGUCAAGUUAAUUUCGGCUUUCCAUACGUUGAUUUCAAUCCAACUUGCUUUCAAUUUCAAGCGAAACGUUGGAUACCAGUAGCUAACAUUUCACGAUACUAUGAAGUUCGAGUAUACGAGUGGUUCGAACCAGGAAAUAUGUAUCGAGAUGUUUAUACAUUCAGAAAUUUGUUCGGCUUAGAUAUUUGCGAAGUGUGUGGAUCGUAUCAAUGUCCGUAUUGUCCAUACUAUGGUCAGGGAACAGUGCUUAUUCAGUCGUUGACCCUGGUUUUUGUCAUUGUUUUAUGUAUAGCUUUUUGUAACUAUGUAGAUCUGAUGAUAUCUGGUUGA